AAGCAUCCCAAAGGCUGGGGCUGAGAGACAGGGAGGUCGCUUGUCACGGCUGUGCUUUUCAUACGGAUAGCUUCCCGUUUGUGUUCAUUGAUGCAAGAGGUCCCUCCCUGUUAUGUCCUUUCCUCUUUCCCUGGGAGAGGAGAUGGGUCUGCACCUUGUUUCUGGAAACAGACUUUCAAAACAAGGCCUUCAUUUCAGAAAAAAUGAAUUCAUGUAUGCCAAGGAACUGCAAAAAAAUGCCCAAACAUACAGAAAAACUCUCCCUGUCAUUAUCUCAACUCAUGAGCCUUUCAUUAUAUUUUCUCUCCCCUGCCCAGAUGAGGAUGAGAGUGACAGAGCAGCUUUGGUGGACACCAUGUCCAGCCAAGGUCAACCCACCACAGAAGAAUAUCUGAAUUCUUACAAUUCUAAGCAGAUCACAUUUUUUUAACAGACAGAGUAAGAAUCAGGACAACGAAACUAAAGGGCACACUUGUCACAGUUUAUGGAUUCCAUGUGUGUGCAGUGUUUACAGAUUGUCCAAAUUACUGAUGCUACCAGCCUCUUAGAGCUGCUCUAAGCAGUGGAAGAUGCUGUUCAGACUCAGAAUGAACUGCAGAAAUGGUCUGGAUGAAGGAAGAAAUAACGUACUGGGUGUGAGUGCAAAGGAACAACCAGCUCUACAAUUACAGACGGGGCAGGGUCAGCUCACUCAGUAUACGUUCAUAGACAAUAGAGUAGGGGGUUGUUUAGGUACAAUUUAUCUCAAUUUGUCAUAAGGUCCUGUGGAAAAAAAAAAAAGCCAUUCUGGGACAUCUAAACAGACACAUAGCCUGCAGGACGUGGGAAGCAGCAUUCCUGUUGCCCUCUCUACAGUAAGGCUGCAGAAGGACUACUGUGUCCAGUUUUGGGCAUUGUAUCAAGAAGGCUGUUGGAGCUACAGCCCCAUUGAUGGGGCCCCAGCCGCCCUAAUCAGUUUUGACCUUGUCUCCAACCCUGUGUCAGGCCCUGCCUCCUGUUCCUCCUGAAAAAGGAGACCCUGACCAGUCACCCCACUUUGGGGCUCUGUGGGUAGCCUGCAGGCAGCACCAGCUCUGCCCAUCUUGCAGGGAUACUGUGGGACUGUGGCUGGCUACUGAGCACGCCCUCAGACCCUCUCCAAGCCUUGUGCUGGAAGCAGAGACAGAAAGGAAAGAACUGCCUAUGAUACAAAGUUACAAGUUUUCUGUGCAAGUCCUGGAGCCAUUGAGCUGUUUUAGGGAUGCUUCUCUGAAUAUAUGUCAGUAAUAUCAGUGCCCAAAGGAAGGAAAGGAAGUGGAGAACAGCCACCAGUUUUCUUUAAGAAAAGAUAAUUAAACAAUAAGAGUGCUACUCAUCUUUUAAAAGGAGUUUACUUCUGUGUGUCUUUCUUUGCGGCUGCUGAAGAGAUACAGAAAUCCCAUAUCUACAAAACCAAAUAAAAAACCUCAAACGAGUCCUCUCACUCCUUUACACUAUUUCUUGACAUAUUGUCCCUCCAUCUGGAGGCAGUUAAAGCCCUGUCUGGGACAUUGCUGCAAGCUCUCAUCUCUUUUGGAACUACUUUCAGUGGAAAAAAAAAAAAAAAGAAAAGAACAGAAAGUUUAAGGACAUGAAAAAGUCAAGAUUGCUGUGAUCUUGAUAACUGUUCAUAUUCCCUGGUUUGCAGAGACACCUAAGUGAUGGUUUGUGUGAAGACAGACACAGUCAUUUUUCUCUUCAAGGGCACGACACAGUGAAACACAUCACCAACUGAGUAAGAGCACAGACCAUUGUUCUGGAUAUACUAGAACCCAUAGGAUAGGAGUCUACAGAACAAGUGAAAUUUGGAGAAAAUGGCCUGUGAAUUUAAUUUGAACUUCCUUAAGGAAUUGGAACGAGAGGCUGUUUUGGAAGUCUUGUACCGUGAUGAGAUGGUGAGAAAAACAGAAGAGGAAAGAAUAAGGAAACUGAAACUGCAUCUACAGCAGCUUCGGUGGAAAGGGGCAAAAAAUGUAAGCCAUGAAUAUCAGGAGAGAUCUUGUGCUCGCUGUCAGAAAUCUCUCGGGUUGUUGAUGAACAGAGGGGCAGUAUGCAAUGGCUGCAGUCAUCGAGUAUGCUCUGAAUGCCGUGUCUGCCUGAAUCCCUGCCUUUGGAAAUGCACCAUUUGUUAUGCUCAUGGAGAUGUUAAAGUAAAGGCUGGUGAAUGGUUCUUUGAGGAACGAGCAAAGAAAUAUCCAGGUGAAGGCAGACGUGAAACAGUUGGUGCAAAGCUCUUGAAAUCUUAUCAGAAACUGAGUAAAAUUUCUGUCGUACCUCCAACUCCACCUCCUUUCACAGAAUCAACAGCAGGAAUCAAUGUGAUGGUAAAUGAACUUGGAGAGUCUAAAAGGUUUAAUAAAUCUGUGGAAAACUUGUUUUUGUCUCUCACAACACACAUAAAAAAAAUCUCAAAGUCUCAGAAUGAUAUGACUGACAGAUGUGUCCUAACCACAGACUUCGGGAAGAAUGUGGAAAGAAGGUGGCAAAGAAGGAGCCAGUCUGACACUGCCAUCAACAUUACAAGCAAGAUGAAAAGUACACCCAGUCUGCAACAGCUCAUCACUGGGGCCCAAAAUGACAGUGAAAUUCUGACAAAAAGUAGUUGCAAGGAGGAAGAAGACAUAACAACCAGUCCCACAAGUGAUACAGUUUUCUGUGAUGGUAGAAAACACGGGAGUUUGUUUAGUCUUAACAGCACUUGCACAGAAUCUGGCAAUUUUGGCAAAGCUAAUGUCACAGGAGAAAUAGAGUUUGCCUUAAGAUACAUCUUUAGAGCUUACAUCUUGGAAAUUUGCAUCAAGGGAUGCAAGAACCUGGCUUAUGGAGAAGAGAAGAAGAAAAAGUGUAACCCGUAUGUUAAGGUUUAUUUACUUCCUGAUAAAUCUCCUUGGAGUAAGCGAAAGACAGCUGUCAAAAAGAGCACAGUGGAUCCAGAGUUCAAUGAGACUUUGAAGUACAAGAUUGAAUACUCCCAACUGCGAAGUCGGCAACUUCAGAUCUCUGUGUGGCAUGCAGGAGCACUCAAAUACAGGGUGUUUUUGGGGGAAGUAGUGAUUCCACUGGCAGCAUGGAAUUUUGAAGAGGACUCAAUGCAGUUAUUUGACUGGUAUCAACUCAAACCCAAGCUUGAAAAGCCUGAAGAUGAUCUUACCCAGUACAGCGGUGAACUCCUCUUGUCUGCAAGACUCUUGGUACCAGCCCAGUAUAAAAGUUUCCAGUUUGAAGGAAACAAAGACCAAGGAGUUCCCAACUGCCAGCUUCAGAUUAUGAUAUUUGGGGCUAAAAACUUGCCCAUGCUGAGACCUGCUGGAGUGUUGAACUCCUUUGUUAAAGGUUGUCUUAUCCUUCCAAACCAAGCAGAGGUAAGGCAAAAGUCUCCUGUCCUGAAGAAAGAAGCCUAUCCUCAGUGGAAACACUUGUUUGUGUUUGAUGGUGUGACCCCAGCUCAGCUACAGCAAUCAUGUCUACACCUGACUGUCUGGGACAAGUCAACUUUCAGCUCAAGUGAUCGAUUCCUAGGAGGAGCCAAGCUCGGUACAAAGGAACUGUUUGGCUCUACAGACCUUGUUUCUCAGUCAGUGCUCCAAUGGCAAGAAGUGCUCUGCAACCCAAACAUGUGGAUGGACUUUACACUUGUACUGCAUUCAAAUAAGGAAAACUUUAAAUCAUGAGAAAUUAUCACACAACUUUUCCUUCCCCAUUUGUGAUAUUUUAGACUUCCCCAGACUUCAGGUCUGGGGAAAGGUACGAUGCAAAUGCAUCCACUCUGGCUUUUGGGGAAUAGACUUAUGUAUUUGAAAGUGUGUGACAUUCUGAAUGUUUUAUUUCUUAAAAAGUAAAGGCUUUAACUUGUGUUUCUAGCUGGAGUAUAAGGUUAAUAUUGUUUCUUCAGGAGUUACAGUCUCAGUUUGAGAUGCAUUAUGCUGACAAAGCAACAGUAGCCAGACAAUACGCAGUUUUCCAUUUCUGGGCAUAGCCAAACUCUCAUUGUUUAGUCACAGCGAGGAAUACUUCUCAGAGAAAAUAACUGUUACAGGAGGAAAGUUAUGUGCUUUCACUCUGAGGUUAAUGUUUUAUACUCAGAACUGAAACCUAGCUUAUCUUUGUCUGCUUGCUGCAAAGGGGAGAUGCUAAUAACUGCUUCAGAAUUAUCUACACUGCCACUAUUAUUUUGCGUGCCACUAAAAAGCAUUGGCCUGUAGCCACGUCUCUCAAAUGUGUGCUACAUCAUAGGGCUUAGAAAGUUAAGGUACAAAUUCUCCCUCAGUAGGAGUAUGGGACAACAGCUGAUAGACUAAGUGUGGGUGUAAUAAGUUCCUUCUUAUCUGCCGCUGUAAGACAGCUUUAACAAGUCUGAUCCAUAGGGCGUACAGCAUGUGACAAGAAUUUAGCUCUUGACUAAAUGACUUUAUCAUUUAUUCAUGUGUACUGGUGGAAAUGCAAGCUUAGGCCAAACUACUGAGGCAAUUUGCCUUGCCUUGGAUGUAGCGUUACAGUCGGCAGAAACUUCAUAUAUACAACUGUAACUAGUGCUGCCGUGUUAAACUUUUGUUACUGCAAGUAUUGCCCUUUCUUCCUUUAUAGGUCAGUGUGGCUUUUAAGGAUUUAAGAUUUAA